UUCUCCUGCCUGCCGAUGUCACACUCCACUCUCUCUCUCUCUCUCUCUCUCUCUCUCUCUCUCUCUCUUCUUCGAAAAAUAUAAGCCAAAAAGGAGAGACCCUUUUGUUCUAUAGUAGUAAGCUGAAGUAGCAGCAAAUUUUUAUUGAGAAUUAUUUCAGGUGAUGGAGAACAUAGGAAUAGUUUCAUCACCAAAAAUGGUAUUGGGUGUCUCUUCAAACCCAAGGAAUUCAGUAAUUACCAGCAAACCCUUCUUUGGUCUUCCUCAUCUACCCAAAAGACCCUCAAAGAAUGCUAGAAUUGUCAGACCCACUACUUGUUGUGAAGUUAUCUCUUGUUUUCAGGGUCCAAGGCUCACCAAAAAGAUUGUGCUAGAAAAAAAAGGGAGGGAUUGUUUUGCUAGCACAACUUCAGGUGGCCAGCAGACCUCUUCAGUUGGUGUAAAUCCACAAUUUUCAGCUCCAUCACCAUCGUCUCAAGUAGGGUCUCCUCUUUUUUGGAUUGGAGUUGGUGUUGGGCUCUCAGCACUUUUCUCAUGGCUGGCUUCAUACCUUAAGAAGUACGCAAUGCAGCAAGCGUUCAAAACAAUGAUGGGGCAAAUGAAUAAUAACCAGAAUAGUCCAUUUAGUAACACUGCUUUUUCACCUGGGUCACCUUUUCCGUUCCCACCACCACCUCCAAUGUCAGGUGCAGCUAGUUCAUCAACUCCACCACCUGCAUCAUCAGCAUCAUUUGCAUCUCAGCCGGUUACUGUUGAUGUGUCCGCAACCAAGGUGGAGGAACCUCCAGCUGUAAAUGUCAAGAAGAAUGAUACAGAAGCUGAAAGGGUGCCAAAGAAAAAUGCUUUUGUUGACAUUUCUCCCGAUGAAACAUUCCAAAAAGGUGCUUUCGAAGAUUAUAAAGAAUCAACUGAGACAGCUUCAGUAACUGUGGAUCAGGUAACUCAAAAUGGAGCUGCUUCAAAGUCGGGAUUUGGUGCAAGUACAUCUGACAGUACCGGGUUUGGUGCUAAUACAUCUAACAGUACCGGGUUUGGUUCUAAUACAUCUGACAGUACCUCAUCAACUGAAAAAUCAAACCCGCUAAUGUCAGUGGAAGCUCUGGAGAAAAUGAUGGAAGAUCCAACAGUGCAGAAAAUGGUUUACCCCUAUCUACCGGAGGAGAUGAGGAAUCCUACAACAUUUAAAUGGAUGCUACAAAAUCCACAAUACCGUCAACAGUUGCAGGACAUGCUGAAUAACAUGGGUGGAAACCCAGAAUGGGACAACCGCAUGGUGGAUUCCUUGAAGAAUUUUGAUCUUAGCAGCCCUGAAAUUAAGCAACAGUUUGGUAAGUUUGAGUAGUUAUGUUCUUCUUUU